AUGGACUUGACGUGUGAACCAUUGGCCCCAUUACGACAAAGUCAGGAGAGAUUCAGGAGUCCAGACAUUUCACGAAGACCAUUGGCAGGAGAAGCUUUGGCUGCUUACACAGUCAAAAAGUCACGUCGUGCUAAGUCAACGGAACCUACUGCUCUUGAUACCAACGAUCCACUUGUGAAAUGUCCUGACGAAGAAGAGAAAGUAAAGGAAGUUCUUAACGAUGAAAGCAUGGACAAACGGUGGUCAUUAAUAGCCAAAAACUACGAAAAUAUGUCGAAGCAAGAGAUUAUGAAUAACUACAGAUUACUCAUGAAUGAAAAACUACGAUUGGAAAGGUUUCUGUCCAUAAUGACCAAGAAUAAUGAGAUGGCUCGCAACCGCUUGGAAUCAGACCUAUUAGAUGCCAUGAUGUGUAUAGAAGACUUAAAACAAGCUCUUGAGAUUCGUUUGGCACGACGACGAAAAAUUGAUCCUCGAGAAGCUGAGGAAAGAAGAUAUUUGAUUCGGCAAAACAAGAAAUUACUAAACCAGUUAUUUGAAUCAGCAAAGAAAAUUGAAAGACUGGAAGUAACCAAAGUAGAAAUGAAAGAACAACUGGAAUUAUUGGAUUUCCAAAUUGUCGAAGUUGAGAAUCAGAAAGCUAUGAUUGAGGAAGAAUUGAGAAAAAUUCCUCCAACUUUACAUGAGGGAACUCAAACUGAGGAAAGCUCAGAUAACCGUCAGUUAAUAUGUCAAUUAAAAGAACAAUUAAGUCUACUCAGAAGCGAUUUAUCCAAUCAAAAAGCUGAAACAGCAGCUGCUGUUGCUAAACACAUUCAUCUGGAUAAUUUAAUUAAAGAAUUACGUCGUGAUAAUAUUGAAUUACGUGAUCAAUUAUCUCAUGUUGAUGAUACUGAAAAUUCACUAGCUGAAAGUGAUAAACCGAUAGCUGCUGAUGUUAAACUACUUAAAGCUCAAUUAGCUGAACAAUUAGAACGUGUCAAAGAUUUAGAAGAAAAAUUGAAUUCAUCAAGAUUGUAUUCAGAAAAAUUAGAAUCCCGUGUACAAGACCUUAUAGAAAAAAACAGCUGUCAUCCAUCUACUGAAUCUGUAUCAUUCGAAACAGAUCAUUCUGAACAAAAUACAACUGCUGUACUUCACUCAAUGGACGAUACGAAACCGGUUACUGUUUCUCAAUCACAACCACCUCCAUUAAAAACAACAGGAACACAACCUAAAGUAGAUGAUAUACUUCUUCAACAAACAAUUUAUACAUUUCAGGCACUUUUAGAUGAACGUGAUCAAGAAAUAAGUCAAUUAAAAAAACAUAUUGUACAAAAUCCAUCUAACACUGAGUUAACAUCAGAUAUAAAUCUACCGAAAUUAUACGAAUCAUCAAUUCAAACAGAAUUAAAUAAUGAACAAAUGGAAAAAUUAUCAAAUUUAAAAGAUACUUUAAAUUCAGGUGGUCAGUUAUUGACUAGUGAACAGUAUGAAACAUUGAACAAUGAAUUAAACGAAACAUUGAAAACAUUAACAAACAACCCUGAUAAUUGUAAUAUACCAUCGUCUGAACAAUUAUCAUCAUCUACAAAUGAAAAAGAAAAAGAAACUCAGAACUAUGAUGAACUAAUUCAAACAGUGAAUAAAUUAAGAAAAGCAUCUGAAACUAUUAAACCAAUGUCAACUUCAUCAGAGUUAAAACCAAGUGAUAACGUUGAUCAGGCGAAUCCGAAUGCAAAUAAUGCUGAUCAAAAACUGAUAGAAAAUUUACGUUGUCAAAUUGAAAGCUUAAAAAAAGAAAUAAAAAGAUUACAACGUGGUGCAUCUACAACUGAAGAACGAAUUGUUAAUGGAAAUACUGGUGAAUUUCAUACAUCACACAGUUCUCCAAGUCAUUUUUAUUCAAUGGAUCCAUAUGGAAGUGUGGGUAAACAAAAUGAAGAAAAAUCCAAUGCAUUACAUAAUCCAUCAUACUACAGUGCUCAGUUGCAAGAACUACGUCAGACUGGAGACUUAGAGUUAGUCCGCGCACAUCUUAGUUUGUCUGAACGACGUCGACGUGAGCUUGAGAGACGUAUAACCGAACUAACUGAUGAGUUAGCGCGUUCUCGUGCCGAAGCCCGUUCCGCGGAAACUAGUCUUUCUGCUGCUCGUCGAACUGAAGCUGCAUUGAGAAGACGUCUUCUUGUUGCUAUGGAUUCUCGAGGUUCACCUAAUGGAAAUUAUGAAAUGAAUAUAUCACGAAAUUCACAUGAAUUCUCUACAAACGACAGUUCAGAAAUGAUGAAUGCUUUGGAGUUGCAAGCAGAUAUUAUUAAACUUCAAGCUACUAAUGCUUCUCUAACGGAAGCUGCUCUACUUGAUCGAACAAGGUUGCAUGAUCAAGCUAUGCGUAUAGACCAGUUGGAAUCAGAGCAUAAAGCUUUACUUGAUCGAGUUUCAUGUCUUCAGGCAGCUGAAACUGGUGCACAACGUGGUAUUGUACGUUUACAAGCUCUUUACGAAGAUAUGCUACGUGAAUACUCAGAGUCUAAACCAUUGGAACUAUCUAACGUUCGUGGACGUCAUCGUCAGAGAAGCAGCUCUCGUAACUCUAGGAAUAACGAUUUUAUUACAAAUGCUAAUUAUAAUGAUAAAUAUCGUGCUACAUCACGAAAUCAUGACGUAAGGGCAACAGAACAACAGAUUUCGGAGGUUCAAGCUAUGAAUUCUCCACGUAAACGAUCUAUUUAUGAGAACACAGGUGAAAUUGUCACUGCAUCAUCGACAACAAUACCAGUUGGUUCAUGCAAUUCACCAGUUUGUAUUGCUGUACGUAAUCUUUUGAAAGCAUUUCAAGAUCGUUAUAGUGAUUUAAUGGAUCAAUUUAUACAAAUUCAACAUGAUCCAACAUUAACAAAUGGUCAUUUAAAUGAAAUGAAUAUUAAUAAUGAUAAUAACAAUAGUAUAAUUCUAAGAAAAUCUUCACAAACUCCAGCAUUCAUUAAAGAAUUAUAUACUCAAUUAAAUAAUAUUUUAAAUUUAUUAAAUGAAAAUAAUUAUCAAAUGAUUCAAAAUUAUGAAUUAAUUGAACAAAUUCAAUUAUGUAUAAGAUUGAUUAAUUCAUUAGAUAAUUGGAUUAAUUCUUGUUUAACACAAAAUGAUAUGGAAAUAGCACAUCUUCGUUUAUUCAUUAUGAAUUUACAAUUACGUAAUAAUAAUAAUUCAACUGGUAUAGAACAAAAUACAACAAUAUUUACUUCAUCAAUGAAUAGUCCUAGUAGUAAAGAUAAUAAUGAGCAAAAUAAACAAACUUUUUCCUCAACUCCAAUUAACGUCUAUGAUGCAAACUACUUAGAUUUCGUCCAUUCUGGUAGUGUUUUUGAAUUUUAA